UGGAACAGCAAACAGUGGAAAAUGUCUCAGUACUCAGGAAAGAUCGUGUUCUAUGAGGGGAAAUGCUUCACUGGGAGGAAGCUGGAGAUCUUCAGUGACUGCGACAACUUCCAGGAUCGUGGCUUCAUGAACAGGGUCAACUCUAUCCGUGUGGAGAGUGCGGCCUUCAUCUGCUACGACCAUCCAGACUUCAAGGGCCAACAGUAUAUUCUGGAGCACGGAGAGUACCCUGAAUACCAGCGCUGGAAUGCCCAUAAUGAUCACAUGGGGUCCUGCAGGCCAAUCAGGAUGCACGGAGAGCACUACAGGAUGGAGCUGUUCGAGGCUGACAACUUCAGCGGCCAGUGCGUGGAGGUGUGCGAUGACUGUCCGUUCCUGCAGGCACGAGGCCUGACCAACAACUGCGUCAACUCCAUCAGGGUUUAUGGAGAUGGAGCCUGGGUGCUGUAUGAGGAGCCCAACUACCGUGGCCGUAUGUACAUCGUCGAGAGGAAAAACUACUGCAACUUCAUGGAGUGGCAGGCAGAGAACCACAACAUCCAGUCUGUGCGUAGGGUGGCGAACUACUUCUAAACCAUGUUACUGUCAUUGGCAAUACGACUGCAGGCACGAGAUCAUCCGCUGAGGAAAAACACACCACACUGUCAAGUAAUCUCCCGCUGACUCUGUGGGGCUGUAAAAUAAUAAAAGAUGAAGAAAAUGUUU